AUGCUACGCGUAUGCUUCAUUCUCCAAUCAUUCAACAAUAUCUCUUCAGCCAUCAUUAUCGUCAACUUGAGGCAUGGAAUCCUAACUAUUUCAUGGUAUACACCACUAGAUGCUGCUAAAGGCGAAACCGGUGCUGCAGCUCUUGCUUCCGCAAGCGCUUGCGCCUUGAUUCGACGUGAUGCCCGUCAAGCAGCACGACUUCUGGGUCAGGUUUUUUACAUAUCUCGAAUUGUGAGCCAAACCUCAGAAGCUCGAGCGCCCAUCGGACAUGUCAGAAUAAAGCUGCCCCAUUCUACGCAGAAACAUCUCCCCAAGACCCAGGUUGGCCAGCGCCAGUUUUCGGUCUACAGCGGUAGGCGAAACUCGGCCCCCAAAGCCACAGCGUUGCUAUGUUCGAUACAUCUAUUUCAGUCUCCUGAAAGGCUCGAACUUCUCAACGAUAUCGACAGAUUCCGCCAGCAUGGACUCGCAAAUCUUCCUCAGAUUGUCGUAUGCGGGGAUACGAGUAGUGGCAAGUCAUCCGUGCUGGGAGCCAUCUCCGGGAUAGGUUUCCCAGUGAGCAGUACCAUUUGCACCAGAUUUGCAACUGAAAUUGCUUUGCGGUAUUCGAACGACGACACCGUGUCCGGGCGAGCAUUCAUCAGUCCAGCUCCCAACUCCCCAGAAGCACAUUGUUCUCGGGUCAAAUCAUUCGACAAGGCCAUUGCUAGUCUAGAAGCCAUCCCAGAAAUCAUGCAAGAAGCCCAAAAUGCCAUGGGCCUUGGCAAUGAUGCUGGUAUAAGUCGUGAUGUACUACAUCUAAGGCUUCAAGGGCGACUACUACCAAAUCUCACGCUGGUAGAUCUACCAGGUCUCAUUCACGCUUCCGAAGAUACGAACGAUAUAAGAAAGGUUCAAGAGCUUGUUGAGUAUUACUUCAAUCAACAGGAGAGUAUCAUCCUGAUUGUUGUCUCCGCUGAGAAUCCUAUCAACAACCAAGGUAUCCUGACAUCCUCGCGGCGUUUUGAUCCCACUGGAGCCAGGAGCAUCGGCGUUAUCACUAAGCCGGACCAGGCUCAGCGAAGCGACAAGAUCGGACUGUUGCCUGCGAUCAUUUCACUGGCCAAGAACCAGAACAAUACCUACAAGUUUCGGCGACCUUGGCAUAUUGUCCGCUGCCUCAACGAUGACGAACGAUCUCGAGGUGUCGAUCGUGAGAUUUUGGAGCAAGAACUGUUCUCAAGAGACCCGUGGGACGAGUUUGACCGUAGUCAGCUCGGCAUUAGAUCGUUGAGAUCUGAGCUAUCCCAGUAUCUGCAAGAGCAUAUAAUCUCUGUCCUGCCACAGCUGAUGGAGUCUCUCGAGGGUAAGAUAGCUCGUGUCAAGCGUGAACUGGAGGCACUUGGACCUCCACGGGCCGCUCGCGCAGAGCUCAUGCAAUAUCUUGUCAAGAUUAGCGGACAAUAUUCCUCGCUCGUGGAUGAUGCCUUGUCAGGUGACUAUACCGAUCCAUUCUUCCAACGCAAAAGUUCAAACACAAGACUGAGAGCGACAACCAUGGCCAAGACCGAUGCUUUCGAAACAGCAAUGCGCACACAAGGGCAUACCUUCGAAGUCACACGAAUGCCAUUCGCAUUUUCAUCUCCAUUAAGUCGAACUCAGAAAAUUACUGAGUCAGACGCUCUCAUCAAAGUAGGCAAGCUGUUGGAAAGCCACCGUGGGCCAGAAUUGUCGUUCCUGUUCAACCCCCGACUGGUCGGCGAGCUUUUCAAAGAGCAGUCGCAAAACUGGCCAGCCAUGGCGUCGACAUACACAAAGGAGAUCUGCCAGGCUGUUCGGGCUUUUUUGCGAAAGGUUGUCGAGCAUAUUUGUCCUAAGACCGGCGAGACCUCUGAGCGCAUUCUGCGGCACGUUUUUUGA